AUGAGACUACUUCUUCUGUUGGCCCUUGUCGCCUUUACGUCUGCAGCCCUUUUCCAUCAUCAUCACAACAAGAGGAGGAUAUAUCCAAGACAUAAAGUCAGAGAACCAAGUCGCUAUCCAAUUCGUGUCAGAUCUGAAAGGAAAGCUGAGGAAUGCCAGAAGCACGAGCAUCACUUGAUCUGCGGACCAGAAAGACACUGCGAUCGGACUUGCGAAAAUCUCUUCAGCCCACCUCAUUGCGAGAAUCAUCUCCAUCACGCGAAAUGUUUCUUCCCUCGAUGUGUUUGUAAUGAUGGAUAUGUCAGGGACGAGAAUGGUCUCUGUAUCCGACCUUCCCACUGUCCAAACACAUACUUCGAAGCCUCGUCAAUGCUGAUCCAAGAUGAUGACAAUGAUAUGAUGAUCCAGUUUGAGCCCGUGAAGUUUGCCAGAAUUGGAAGACACAAGGUCCUUCGACUUUCGAAGAAAUCCAGAGUUCACCGUCCAUCUGAGUUGUCUAUUCGAAUCUAG